AUGGAUGCAGAAGCGGAGGUGACUGUAAUGAGGGCCGUGGUUGAAGGCACGGCGCCCAAGCCGCCCCCUCUGAGCAAGAACGACAGGGAGCGUGUCAACAAUGCGUUAAAACACUUUGCCACACGCGGGUGGGCAGCGGAUCAGGCACUGGCAAUCUACAUCCCCUCACGCUUCUUCCCCACAGCAGCAUCCAAGUUCCGUCGCUUUGUGCUGCGCUGCUGCCGCCCUGAGCUCGCCUCUGCGCUCGCGCACAUGGGUGCGGGGAGGGAUGCUGACGAGUUUCUGUUUCCGCUCUUUGCGGAGUUCUGCUUCGGGGAGUUCCCGGAGGAGAUUCGGAGCUACAGGGAUUUGGUGAACUCGGCGGAUAUGACCAAGCCACACGUGUGGUACCCCCAAGCACGGGCCAUGCCGCGCAAGGUGGUAUACCACAUGGGCCCCACCAACAGCGGCAAGACGCACCGAGCACUGGUUAGGUUCAAGGAAGCUUCCUCCGGCACCUACUGUGGCCCGCUCAGGCUGCUUGCCAUGGAGGUGUUUGACCGGGUGAACGCGGACGGGGUGUAUUGCAAUCUGGUGACGGGGCAGGAGAGGAAGGAGAUGCCCUUUGCUCACCACACCGCCUGCACCAUCGAGAUGGCAAACCUUUCUACCCCUGUCGACGUGGCAGUCAUUGAUGAGAUUCAGAUGGUAAGUGACGACUACAGAGGGUGGGCAUGGACCAGGGCCCUCUUGGGAGUGCAAGCAGCGGAGGUGCACGUGUGUGGGGACCCCUCCGUGCUGCCGCUGCUGCGAGCCAUCUGUGAUGCCACUGGGGACGCCUUCGAGUGCCACCAUUACCACCGCUUUGCACCACUCACCGUGGACCAGACGAGCUUGCAGGGUGAUCUGGGGCGGGUGUCACCUGGGGACUGCAUUGUUGCAUUCUCACGGCGGGAGAUAUUCGAAAUCAAGCGAGCGGUGGAGAUGACAACGAAGCAUCGCUGCUGUGUGGUGUACGGGGCACUGCCACCAGAGACAAGGCGGCAGCAGGCGAGGCUGUUCAAUGAGGAGGAGAGCGACUUCCGUGUGCUGGUAGCUUCGGACGCCAUCGGCAUGGGGCUCAACCUGUCAAUUCGCCGGGUCAUUUUUUCAACAUUGCAUAAAUUCAACGGGGAGGAGAAGAUCCGCAUCCCGUCGCCCAUGGUAAGCGCGGGUGUUCAUUUUAUUGCUGCACAGUGGUGGAGAGAAAUUGAGAAACUAAGGGGAGAGAAGCUGAAGGGAGAGAAACAGAUGGGAGAGAACUCGAGUGGAGAGGAAUUGAGGGGACAGAAACAGUUCCUCUCCCCUCAGUUCCUCUCCCCUCAGCUCUCUCCUCAGUUCCUCUCCCCUCAGUUUCUCUCCCCUCAGUUUCUCUCCCAUCAGUUUCUCUCCCAUCAGUUUCUCUCCCCUCAGUUUCUCUCCCAUCAGUUUCUUUCCCCUCAGUUCCUCUCCCCUAAGUUUCUCUCCCCUCAGUUCCUCUCCCCUCAGUUCCUCUCCCCUCAGUUUCUCUCUCCUCAGUUUUUCUCCCCUCAGUUUCUCUCCCCUCAGUUCCUCUCCCCUCAGUUUCUCUCCCCUCAGUUUCUCUCCCCUCAGUUCCUCUCCCUUCAGUUCCUCUCCCCUCAGUUUCUCUCUCCUCAGUUUCUCUCCCCUCAGUUCCUCUCCCCUCAGUUCCUCUCCCCUCAGUUCCUCUCCCCUCAGUCUCUCUCCCCUCCGUCUCUCCCUCCAUCUCUAUCCCCACCACUCCCGGCCUUUGCCCCCAACAAACAGGUUAAGCAGAUCGCAGGGAGGGCGGGCAGGAGGGGCAGUCGGUACGAGGAGGGAGUGGUGACAUGCCUGGACCCCACCGACAUGCCGUUGCUCAUCGCUGCUCUGCAAGACCCCGUCGAGCCCACUACCGCCGCUGGCCUUUUUCCUCUCUUCGAACAGGUGGAGGUGUUUGCCAGUCAGCUGCCUGACGUGUCCUUUGCCAGGCUGCUAGACAGGUUCGUGGAGACAUCGAAGCUAGACGGCACCUACUUUCUCUGCCGCACGGACAACAUCCGGCGUGUCGCAACGAUGCUGGAUAAAAUCAAAGGAUUGACCCUCCGAGACCGUUUUGCCUUCUGCUCGGCCCCAGCCAAUGCCAGAGACCCCACUGUGAUGGCCGCCCUCCUGAGAUUCGCUCACGAGUAUGCCGAGGGGAAACCCGUGCCGCUGCUGGCGGGUGGAGGGGGGGAGGAGCAGGGCGGAUGGGAGGGGGGGGAGGCGGCGGGCCAAUGGGAGCGCGGCACGUGGCGCAAAACGGCUGCAUCGGAUCUGAUGGCUCUGGAGACAAAGCAUCAGGUGGCAUCACUCUACCUCUGGCUAUCCUACCAGUUCCCCAAAGGCGCCUUCCCGGAUGCUUCCCUCGCGACUGACAAGGCCCAAAACGCGGCCAAGCAGCUCUCCACGGCUCUUCUUGAGGCUCGGACGCCGAACCUGAGCAGCAGCUUCGACAAGCCAGGCUCGGUCAGGGGCAGGUACGGGCCUGGGUUGACGGACCUCCAGCAGCAACAGCUUUGUUGA